AUGAAAGACGACUGCUGUGCAGACGAUAUACAGAGUGUCUCUGAAGACACAUGUGUCAGCAGCUAUUGCGAACCUAAACGAACUAAUUGUACAGAGACUACCACGAAAGCACCGAAAGCAUCUUGCUACACCUCACCACCCAAAGCAUGCGCAACUACCAGGACCAAAACAUCAUGCUGUCCGCCUAAAAACGCAUCGAAAUGCUACACCGACAAGAAGUUAACUCUCGUCAACACAACCGAAGUCGUGAGCAGUUCGGAUAACGUCGACAUUGAGAAAGGCGGGGACACACGUGAACAUGUCGUCAUCAGCGUAUCUGGCAUGACCUGCACAGGGUGUGAGACAAAGUUACAGCGAACACUAGGUAGUCUAGACUACGUCAGCAAACUCCAGACCAGCCUGGUCCUCGCCCGCCUCGAGCUAGACAUCAAUACCAGCCUUGCGACCGUCGACGAUGUCGUCAAACACCUCCAUCGCACAACGGAGUUCAAAUGCGAGAUAGUGUCAAAUCAGGGUUGUAGUCUGGAUCUUAUCUGCUCGGGAGACCCUGCAGCUUUGGUCAACGGACAGUGGCCAGACGGCGUAGUGGACGUGCGUCGCCUAAACAAGCAGACCAUCCGUGUCGAUUACGACGCGAAGAUUGUAGGAGCGAGAGACUUGAUGGGUGACGACUGGAGUCAGUCGUUACAACUUGCACCACCGUGUCCCGACUCUUCCUUGGAGGCCGGUAGCAGACAUGUUCGAAACAUGGGCUUGUUGACAUUGCUCUCUGCCAUGUUAACCAUUCCUGUAUUGGUCAUGGCAUGGGCUCCUCUUCCGGAGCGCGAAAUUGCAUAUGGCUCUGCGUCACUUGGGCUCGCAACUAUUGUCCAAGUUGUCAUCGCUGGCCCUUUCUACCCGAAAGCGCUCAAGGCUCUGGUGUUCUCCAAGGUCAUUGAGAUGGAUUUGCUCAUUGUGUUGAGUACAAGCGCCGCGUACAUCUUCUCUGUCGUUUCGUUCGGCUACCUGGUCAGCGGGAAACCGCUGUCGACGGGCGAGUUCUUCGAGACAAGUACGCUACUGGUGACACUCAUCAUGGUCGGACGUUGGGUGGCAUCGUUAGCGCGUCAAAAGGCGGCAGAGUCCAUCAGUAUUCGUUCCUUGCAAACCCCCACUGCCAUCCUGGUCGAUGACGAUGCAGUAGAAAAAGAGAUCGAUGCCAGGCUGUUGCAAUAUGGAGACACUUUCAAGGUCGCUCCAGACUCGCGCAUCCCGACGGACGGCACCGUCAUCUCAGGUUCUUCGGAGAUUGAUGAAUCAAUGUUGACCGGCGAGUCUCAGCCUGUAGAGAAGCACACCAAAUCUGCUGUCAUCGCAGGAACUAUCAAUGGGAGCGGAACGCUUACUGUUUGCCUAACCCGUCUGCCUGGCGACAAUACCAUCACGACGAUUGCGGGUAUGGUUGACGAAGCAAAGCUCUCCAAGCCCAAGAUCCAAGAGAUUGCCGACACCGUGGCCAGCUACUUCGUCCCGGUAGUAGUGGCCUUGACAAUCAUCACUUUCGUCAUCUGGGUCGCCAUUGGGGUUGCGAUACGGCAUCAGUCUGGCUCAGAAGCGACCAUAGAAGCUAUCACGUAUGCCAUCACAGUCCUAAUUGUCUCGUGUCCUUGCGCCAUCGGUCUCGCGGUUCCCAUGGUCAUCGUCAUCGCAUCCGGCGUCGCCGCGAAGCGUGGGGUGAUCUUCAAGACAGCUGGCAGUAUCGAAGUCGCAUACAGAACGACGGAUGUAGUGUUCGACAAGACGGGCACCUUGACAGCAGGAAAGCUGGAGGUAGUGCACGAGGAGUAUGUUGAGUAUGGUGGUGCAGAGGAAGCCAAGUCACUUUUGCUUGGCUUGCUCGGAAACAUCAGACAUCCCGUGUCGGCGGCCAUCGCAACGCGUCUCGCGUCGCAGGGACUACCAGCUUCAACCAUAUCAGACGCCAAGGUGGUAACUGGCAAGGGCGUCGAGGGAACGAUCCAUGGCAAGAAGCUACGCGCUGGUAACUCGAGAUGGCUUGCGCUUUCCGACGAUCCACGCGUCCGCUCCAUGUUAUCUCAAGGCUUCACCACUUUUUGCUUCACCAUCGACAAUACACUAGUAGCCAUCUUCGGUCUGCAAGAUACGCUACGGCCCGACGCAGCAUCUACCAUCGAUCAUCUCCGACGCAGCGGCAUCAACGUCCAUGUACUGUCUGGCGACGACGAUGGCGCUGUUAAAGAGAUUGCCUCGCAGCUCAACGUCUCAGAAGACAAUGUUCGCUCUCGCUACUCACCCGCAGACAAGCAAACUUACAUCAAGAACCUCCUCGCAGCACCUUUGACAGCUCCAGCGACUGGCAAAUCCCGCAAGCCGGUUAUCAUGUUCGUCGGCGACGGGACCAAUGACGCCGUUGCCCUCGCUCAAGCUACAAUUGGUGUCCAUGUAUCAAGCGGUACUGAUAUCGCGCAAUCUGCUGCCGAUGUCGUUCUCGUCCGUCCUAGCCUCUCGGGCGUACUAACCAUAAUCAAUGUGAGUAGGAAGGCGAUACACAGAAUUGUAUUCAACUUUAGUUGGAGCUUCGUGUACAAUACUUUCGCUGUACUGUUAGGUGCGGGCGCGUUUGUGCACGCGAGGAUACCGCCAGAGUUUGCGGGUCUUGGAGAACUGGUCAGCGUGCUGCCUGUAGUGUUGGCGGCAGUCUUGUUGAAAUGGUCGAAAGUCUGA